AUGGACGCGAGCAGCAGCUACGACAUGGACGACCAAGACAGCAAGUACGACAACUUCAACUUCAACGAGAUCUUCAAGGGAGAACAAAUGAACAACGAGCUAUACGACCUGAGCAAGCGAUCGCUGUCGAGCGGUAAGGGCCUUCACGAAGCUAGUACCAGUGGCACGAAUUGGCGCGGUGAAGUGGUGAUUGUGGCGAUGCUUCCUGUGUGGAUUGGAGACGUGGAGGUUGUGGAGUUUGAUAAGUCGACGGCCGACCGUUGUAUUCUGGAUGUUGAGAGGCAGUUUGUGAUCGUGCUGUCCUUGGCCGGGGACAAGACUAGCGCACUGCACAGAGGUGGCAAGACAAGACGAGCACUACAGUCACUCGGAGGAGAUGUGUGUGAAAGAAAUGAGUUGAGUGUGAAGAAGAUGAUGAGAACAAUGAUGACUGAGUUGACGAAGAUGAUGCUGAUUAAACGACUUGAGGAGGAAAUCGAUGCAGUUAUGGACAUGACGGAGAACACGUGCGACAGCAGUGCAAACGCCAUCAUCAAGAUGAAGCAGGAGACCCGCAUUGACAGCAUGAGCGCAGUAGCUGGAUGUUGGAUGAAGAACAUGUACGACAGCAGUGCUGACGCCAUCACCAAGACGCAGAAUGAGUUCCGUAUCGCAGAAGCUGGAGGUACGCUGGUCGAGGAGCUACGAGUACGGCUCUGCCGGUGCCACUGCGAAGACCGAGUUGUUUCGAUCGAGACCUGGACACUCCUGUUCGUGGAGGAGCCCGACCGCAACUUCGGCAAUGUGUGCGAGCUGGACACCAUCUUCAACCCCCACAAGGCGUAUUACAUUCAGAACGAGCUGUUCACCGGCUACUCUCGGCAGGAGUUGAGCAAGGAGGCGAUCUUGCGCAUCUGCACCCACCUAAGCUACUCGACUCCACAGCUAAUGUCCAAGCGCGAUGCCGAAGGCACGACGGUGGAAACAAGCGGCAGGGAGGACGCCAAGAGCACGACAGGGACAGCGGGCUGGGGUCUGGUUACGGAGCCCACGAUGCCGUACGUCGACUCGAGUAAGCUCGUCCGCUACGAACACUUCAUCUUGUAUUGGGUUCUCUAG